CGCGCCAACGCCACAACCAUUCGGCUUCAUCGUGGCGCCCUCUAUUUCUCUCACACGGAUUAAAAAAAAGAGUAGAGACCAGGGCCACUUAGGCACAAAGUGGAAGGCAAGAAAACGACUUCGGAAUAUCGGUCACGUGGCAUUUGUCAUGGGCAUCGACUGAUUCUACUCAUAACAACGGGACUAGCGGAUAUACGGCAACUCAUCCCAACUCCAUGUUACUGGCUUGUCAGAGUCUUCCACAAACGCUGAAGAAACUAUAUCUCGAAACAACUCAGAGUCUUAUUGGUCAGAAGCAUAAUGCGGGAGUUUGCACGAGAGGGCAUUGUCACUGCGCAAGUCAAUCGCACGUUAGAGCAGAACAAUAACAAGUUACAGCAGCGGGUCACCGAUUCGAAAGCCAACAUACAAAAGAAACGCAGAGACUUGAAGGCUGUCGUAUGCGCUCGGGAAAAUUUAGUUCUGGCGCUCUACGAAGGCUUGGGUAUCGUACCGCCCGACCUCAAAGGAAACUAUGAUAGCCGCGAAGCAUUGAAUACAGCGAACGAUCGCUAUAUCAGUCUCCUAAAAAGGCUCAUUGGGUAUUGGAAGGAAACUUGCGAGGCCUAUGAAAUUCGGAACUCGGACGUUGAGCACUUAGAAAAGCACCUCCGUGCAGCCCUCGACAGGGUAUGUGAACAAGAAAAAGAAAUUGAGGAGUUGGAAGAAAGAUGCCAGAGCGUCAAGAAAAACUUCAACGAGUUUGUCAAGAUGUCCACUGAGAAGAUAGAGUCGGUAAAUGAAGUCAUUCUUUCGUUGCAGGCCACAUUGGACGAACUGGCUGGGAGUGAGGAGGAGGAGGAAACAGCUUCCCAGGAAGCAGAAUAA